AUGACGGCAAGAAGGGAUGCAACUAAUGACCACAACCUUAACGUGACCAGUUGGAUAUUUUCAAGCACACAGACACGCAGGAACCGCUGCAACAAGCACGAAAUGUGGUUAGUUGCGAAAAACAGUUCCCUGCUGUCGCCUGAUCUGACGCUGAUCAUUUUACAUAUUGCCUUAAGAAAUUUAAGGGUGUUGGGGUCCAUCGGGCCGAGAACCUCGAUACAUAUUGGCAAGAAUUCCACCGAGGGGAGGGCGUUCCCAUAUUUUUUCAUUUUCUCGUCCGCUGCUCUGGCUGCGGCCAAACGGCAUUCUUUACUUGUCAGGUUUACAUAUCGUUCGGCAAGGGUGCCAGGGACCGUAACAUCCCACGCCAAACAUCUACCGGCUCUCCAAGGUAUUAGUGUGCAUCCGUCCGGGCGCCUACAAUCACGCGCAGAAAUGCCGGAUGGUUCCUUGAGAACUGGGAUUGAAGCCUUGGAGAAGAGCCGACAAAUGUAG